AUGCCGGAUGCAGCCUUGGGUGACUCUGACUGCGUGGAGUUGUGCGGCGCCGUAGAUCAGGCAGAGCUUGACCAAAGACCGAUGAAUUCCUUGAAGCAGCAUUCCAAGACCCGAGUCUUCAUCUCCGAGGGCUGCGACUCGAGCAGCGAGGUGCAAGAGCAAGAGGUCCAGAGCCACGACACAUAUGUGGACAAGGAGAUGCUUAUUCUCAACGAGAGCUUCGCAGCUGGGCAAGCUUUCACCUUGGACUUCUUUGGAGGUCUCUUCGGGCGGAUCCACAGGUUUCCCGCUGCGAUUGAGUUCCUCCAUGCGAUUGUGAGCCCGGAAGAGGGGCAGCACAAGUCUCGGCUUUGGCAGACCAAGUGCCCGCUCACCUGGGUGGACCGGAGCUUCGGAGAGUUGGUGCAAGCACUGGCCUUUGGUCACUUCAAGGGCUGCUCGAUCCCAGUGGCACUCUAUCGAGAAAGCCGUGGGCGCCACUUGCCUGACAGCUGUGCGGGCUUCAACUUCACGGGACCGCCGAUGAACACGAAGCUUGAGGAGGAGGACUUCAUCACCAUUCUGGGCGAAAUGGCCUGUGAAAACUCUGGCGCUGCCAUCAAGGAAGCCUUCGGUGAGACGAGAGAGAACACGGUGGCUUGGCCAUCCAUCAUGUGGUCGUUCGCCAAGGAAGACAACUUCUUGGAGUCGACACGUGAGAACUUUGCCAGGACAUCACUGACACCAUCAGCCAUGAAUCCUUGGGUGCUAUGGUUAGCUUUCUACAUGCUCAAACGAGGAGAUGCCAGCGUUUCCCGCGGCACAGCGCAGUUCUUCGGAGAGAAGGCGUUGCUGGAGAAUGAGAAGCGAGGUGCCACAGUCCUCGUGAAGUCCAAGACAGCCAAGUGCUUGGUCUUGGAUCGCGAGUCCUUUGACUUUUUGCUUGGACCCUUGAGCGAUAUCAUCCAGGGCCAGCGCGAGAACAAGAGGGCUGUGCCAGGAGCUGAUGGUGGUGACAUUUGCCGCGGCAAGAUCAAACGACACGACUUGCAGCGUGUGGGCUUGCUGGGCUGUGGUGGCUUCGGCACGGUGGAACUCUGGGAGCACAAAGGCACUGGAGAGACCUAUGCCUUGAAGGGUCUCAGCAAGGGCUACAUUGUGAAGACGGGUAUGCAAGACAGUGUCAUGAAUGAGAAGAACAUCCUGAUGAUGACCAACUCCUCAUUCAUCACAAAACUGUGGGAAACCUACAAUGGCACUCAGACCCUGUACUUCCUCCUUGAACCUUGCUUGGGUGGAGAGCUGUAUGCCACCUACAACAGGAAGGGCUUUCAUGGCUCGGAAAAGCAUUGCAGGUACUACGCUGGCGGCGUGGUCUUUGCUUUCGAACACCUGCACGCGCGGCGGAUCAUCUACAGGGAUCUCAAGCCGGAGAACUUGCUUCUCACCGAAAUUGGCCACAUCAAGCUGACAGACAUGGGCUUGGCCAAGUUUGUGAUCGGCAAGACUUUUACCAGUUGUGGGACUCCGGAUUACUUCGCACCUGAGCUCAUUGCCUCCACGGGCCACACCAAUGCAGUGGAUUGGUGGACCCUAGGCAUCCUCAUCUUCGAGCUCAUGAAUGGGCAUCCUCCCUUCGAGAGUGCCUAUCCCAUGCAGAUCUACGCGAAGGUCACCAAGGGUAUUUCCAAGGUGCCUUUCCCUUCGCAGUGUGCUGGACCAUGCAAGAGCCUGAUCGAGGCCAAAAGAUGUGUUGUUGGGUUGAGUGCAGACACGUUCCAAGCUCUCGUUGCAAUCAAAUCAGCGUACAGCAAGAUCUUGUGA